UUCAUUCUGGUGUGGAUGGAGAGGAAAAGGAGGAGGAGGGCGCCGUGAAAGGACUACAUAUCCCAGGGUGCUUUGAGAGGUUUAGGCCAGGAAAGAGAAAGAAGGAUGGUCUGCUGUAAAUAGAGCCGGGUAAAGCAUGAAGCUGGUAUGUGAAUUCCUUUUACUUGUGUUGGUGCUGGUUAUUCAUCAGAUCCAAUCUCAUUCCCUUAGUACUGCUUGUCCGGACAUCCGACACUACCAUGCAAUGUGCUCAAGUUCAAAUCAACCACCAUCAUGCUCGAUUGUGGGCUGGAUAUGACCUCCACCCUCAACUUUCUCCCACUGCCUUUGGUCCAGAGUCCAAGGCUAUCCAAGCUCCCAGGUUGGGUCUUAAAAGAUGGAAGCACUUUCCUAGAUAAGGAGUUGAAAGAGUGUGCCGGCCACGUGUUUGUGGAUUCCGUCCCUGAGUUCUGUUUGCCAGAGAUGGAACUGAUUGACCUCUCUACCGUGGACGUGAUCUUGGUCUCCAACUACCACUGCAUGAUGGCCUUGCCCUACAUCACAGAACACACUGGAUUCACCGGAACGGUGUAUGCCACAGAGCCGACGGUCCAAAUUGGCAGGCUUCUCAUGGAGGAGUUGGUCAACUUUAUUGAGCGGGUGCCAAAGGCUCAGUCUGCCUCCUUGUGGAAGAAUAAGGAAGUGCAAAGGCUGCUUCCCGCCCCCCUAAAAGAUGCAGUUGAAGUCGCUACAUGGAGAAGGUGCUACAGUAUGCAGGAAGUGAACUCGGCACUCAGUAAGAUCCAGCUGGUGGGCUAUUCCCAGAAAAUAGAGCUUUUUGGGGCAGUUCAGGUUUCUCCUCUGAGCUCCGGAUACGCUCUCGGCAGCUCCAACUGGAUCAUACAGUCCCAUUACGAAAAGGUUUCCUACGUCUCUGGAUCCUCGCUCCUCACGACACACCCGCAGCCCAUGGACCAAGCAUCUCUUAAGAACAGCGAUGUCCUCAUCCUGACCGGACUCACCCAGAUUCCCACCGCCAAUCCUGACGGCAUGGUGGGCGAAUUCUGCAGUAACCUUGCUAUGACCAUUCGGAACGGGGGGAAUGUUCUGGUCCCCUGCUACCCCUCCGGAGUGAUCUACGACCUCCUGGAGUGCCUGUAUCAGUACAUAGAGUCCGCCGGCCUCUCCAACAUUCCCUUCUACUUCAUUUCGCCUGUCGCAAACAGCUCCCUCGAAUUCUCCCAGAUCUUUGCCGAAUGGCUGUGUCACAAUAAGCAGACGAAGGUGUACCUGCCGGAGCCGCCCUUCCCUCAUGCUGAGCUGAUUCAGACCAACAAGCUGAAGCAUUAUCCCAGCAUCCACGGAGACUUCAGCAAUGAUUUUAAGCAGCCUUGUGUAGUGUUCACAGGACACCCCUCGCUUCGUUUUGGGGAUGUGGUGCAUUUCAUGGAACUGUGGGGGAAGUCCAGCCUUAACACCAUUAUAUUCACAGAGCCUGACUUCUCAUACCUGGAUGCUUUGGCUCCAUACCAGCCACUGGCCAUGAAGUGUGUCUACUGCCCCAUCGACACCAGGCUGAACUUCAUCCAGGUCUCCAAACUGCUCAAAGAAGUACAGCCUCUGCAUGUGGUUUGCCCGGAGCAAUACACUCAGCCCCCACCCGCCCAGUCCCAUCGCACGGACCUGAUGGUGGACUGCCUGCCCCCACCCAUGUCCUAUCGCAGAGCCGAGGUGUUGGCUCUUCCUUUCCGGCGCCGCUACGAGAAGAUUGAAAUCACGCCGGAGCUUGCGGAUUCGCUGGUGCCCACAGAGAUGAAGCCGGGUAUUUCCUUGGCAACCGUUACGGCUGUUUUGCAUACUAAGGACAACAAGCAUGUGCUUCAGCUCCCUCCAAAACCUCCCCAGGCUCAAGCAGGCAAGAAGAGGAAGAAGGUGGCAGACGACGUGCCAGAGUUGAAACCCGUCAAGCCUCUGCUAAGUGGCUGCAUCCCUGUGGACCAGUUGGUACAGACUCUGGAGAAGCACGGCUUCAGCGACGUGAAGGUGGAGGACACGCCGAAAGGUCACAUUGUGCUCUUCCAAGAUGUGGAGACGCUCAUUCGCAUCGAGGAGGACUCCACCCACAUCAUGUGCGAAAGCGACGAGACGCUCCGGGUGAAGCUGCAGGAUCUGGUCCUCAAAUUCCUGCAGAAAUUCUAAGCCUCAGAGUCCCCCCUCUAGAACAAAGGAAAAAGAGGAAACAGAAAAAGGAAGGCGACCAAGAGGCAGCAACAGAAAGCAAAUAGUCGGUUCCAUGCUCAUCUUCCAUGUGCAAGAAAUAGAGCAAUUCUCCAUAAUGUAGUUGCCAACUCUUUCCACAGCAGAGCCUCCCAUGCUGUUAAACAACCAGGUGCAGUUUUCCCCAUCUUGGUACAAUGAAAGCAGCCAUCUUUUCUCCUCCCCCCCACCACCAAAAAAAAUGCCUUGGGAAAUAAUGCUACAUCAAGAGAGUGUGGACGUUUCCAGGGAAGGGGUUUUGAGGAAUGCCAGCAAGCUGUCCGUUGCACUUGCAUCGCCCCUUCAAGUGGGGGCGGAGCUUUUUGUAAAACAAAAAAACAAGGUGCCACUGACUUGCACCUCCUGUCCCGCCCUCCCAGUCUCCCUGAAGUAACCAAGAGAGAUUAAGGCAGCCUCCCCCAACCUGGUGGCUGCAUUUUCUCCUGUUUGAAAGGAACAAACCGUAAUAUUUUCAAAGCAGCAUUUUGUUUUAGUUUGUGAUGCUCCCACCCGCCCCCAUCCCCUCCUUCAAUUAUCUGUGUGUUUUCAAGCUUGUAAUUCUGGUUGUUUUCAUUAAAAAUAAAAUUGAGAGACCUGGUCAUAGUAGAUCACAUUUUUAAAAUAA